AUGGCUGCCGCCGUGGUUGUGACGCCACCUACACCAGCUGCGGGCCCCAGGAUGCCUGCUCUCCUGGCAUCUCCUCAGACCACGCCUGAAUCCAUAACGCCUACCACCUUGGAGGGCACCAGCCUGACGGACAGCGCGCGCAGCAGCGUGUCCCUGACCGAGAAGAAAACAGCUUCCGUGCCACCAUCCGACAAGGCUUUCACCCAAAAACCCAGGUCUCGUGAUCAGGAUGCGGGUGCCGACCCCGACCGCUCCGUCUCUCCUGGUCGCCUCAAGACCUUUGCUCGGUCCUUCAGGUACUUGUGCGGCCUCACGCCGAAACAGGUUGACGAUUUCAUGGCGUCUUAUAUCAUCUACAACCUCGACUGGGCCGAUGAGACCAGGAUGAUCGAGACGCUCGGGCCUGACUACCAGCAAAAGGUAGGAGACUGCCUCAAGUCCUAUUAUGGCGUGCUCAACCACCUUUGCGCCCUGGGCGAUGUCGAGAAGAUGUACAUUCCCCCCGCCAUAGACAUGAAGGUCUCCGUACGGGAUAAUCAGCUGCUGUACGAGGAGUCCGUAGCCCGGGACCUCGGGCUGGCAGAGGGCCAAAGGGUUCUCGACCUGGGUUGUGGGAGGGGCCGUGUGGCCGCACACAUGGCCAGGUACUCUGGUGCCCGCGUGACGGGGCUCAACAUUGAUCCCAACUCAAUAGCACAGGCCCGCGCCUUCAACAAGGAGCUGGGUCUCGACAACGACUUCGUUGUGAAGGACUUCAAUGACCUGCCUCUGCCCUUCGAGGACGAGUCUUUCGACGCCUUCUACAACAUCCAGGCCUUCAGUCUCGUCAAAGACCACAAGGCUCUACUGAAGGAGGUCUUUCGGGUCCUCAAGCCGGGCGCGCGCUUCUCCUCUCUGGACUGGGUGAAAUACCCUGCCUACGAUGAGCACAACCCCGAGCAUGCCGAGCUCAUGCGGCGCGUCAAGCCAUUGAUCGGGGCUGUCGGGACGCCGACCCCUGCGUCUCUCGAGGAGGCACUCACAGAGGCCGGAUUCGUCAUCACCAGGUCCGACAAUGCGAGCGUGGCAACGGACGGGCUCCAGUCACCGCUCAUCGACAAAGUCGACAUCUACUUCCGGUCCGUACGCAGGGUCAUCCUGGCCUUGUGUAAGCUGCGCAUCUUGCCGCCCCACUUCAAGACCCUGAUCAACAGACUGUGUCUGGAUGGGCAGGCAUUUGUCAAGAUGGAUGAGAUGAGACUCAUCACCACUACUUAUCGAAUCAUCGCCGAGAAGCCACUGUCGACCACAGAUGAGAAGCCCACCGAGCAGUAG